CAAGAAUAGGCCUAGUGAAUACGGUACGGUACCAGUAAUAGUACCGUAGGUAUCUGGGCUUCACCCCUUUGAACUUUUGAAGCCAGUGAAGGGGUAGUUUGCAAGUGCUUCAGUAAAUGAUUUUGGCACAAAGACAUUCCUGACUCCGUAAUCUUCGUGUGCCGCACUUUGAACAGCGGCAGUCAUUGCUUUCUCUACCGUGGUACUGCGGCAGAACCUGCGCUGCUGCCCAAAGAGACAAUUAUGUCAGGUGGACAGUCCUUGCGGUGUCUCGUCGGCGCCUCGAUGGUCGCUUUAGCCGCAGCAAAGUUUAGCUCAUCCGUAGUAGCCUCCCGGGGCUGGAACGCCUGGACGCAUCCAGGACGGUGGUUGGAACGGGUCAUGCGGGACAAGCCCGAUGGUUACAUCAUCAACUUCGGGGCGCACCUCAACCUGAACGCGCCGCGGACCAUGUACUUUGACCCUGUAAGUGUGUGGCAGCGCAAAAAGACCGCACGCGGCCUCGCAGUAGACGCGGAUGACGACAUGAAAUGGACCGGUCCCGGCGUCGCGCGACGGACCACGUUCAUUGAGCCCGCCGGAGUCGCUGCACUCUUAAAUGAGACGCGCACGCCCCCAAAACCCCGGUUACUCAAGGUUGACAUCGACUCAUUCGACGCCGUCGUGGUGAUUGCCGUCCUCGAAGUGCGGUCUCCGGACUUCGUGUACGUCGAGAUCAACGAGCGUGCACCGCCGCCAACUUGCUAUUGCAACGAUCGCACGUCGCCGCGGAGCUGGCGCCGACUCGCUAACGACGCAUACGGCUGCUCUCUCCAGGGCUAUGUAAACGCGCUCGCGCCGCGGGGCUACGCGCUCGUUGGGGUCGCAUUCAAUAACGCGCUCUUCGUGCGCCGCGACCUGGCGGUCGAGGUGGCGCAAGACAUCGGGGGGCGGCUGCCGACCGCCGCUGAGGCGUUCGCCGCUGGCUACGCCAAGCGCCCGGACCGCGACGCUGUCUUUCCGUGGAACGUGAAGAAGAAAAUAUUCUACGACGAUCAGCUGCCUCUCGACGUACGUCUCGACGCGAUGGAACACUAUCCGUCCUUCGCGCUCUCGGUAGACGCAAAUCAGGCCACCUUUGUGCGUGAGGCCGACGACUCUUUCCCGUGUCGAUCGGCAGUCCCAGAGACGCAUUCGCCGCACCACGAGCUAUUCCGGUCCCUUGCAGACGGCACGACUAACCACAGCCGACAGUAUGUCGCCGCCGUGCACGAUGUCCUCUACGGCAAGGGGCCUGCGGCAGACCAGCGCGCCAAGGCCCGGGACAGACGAGGCAAGGGCGCGAACGCGGGAGCCGUUGUGUAGGAGAGCAGAAGGUAGGGCAGCCCCGUGCCAUUUUUUUACCCGGGCCAUGACUUCUGUGAGGAGUACCAGAUCGCCCGACUCCUCACGCACUCGGUGUCCUCGACGAGGGGGGCACCGGAACUUAAAGUCGCCCCGGCAGUGGCCCGGUCCAACAUAAACCCCUGGGACAAGCCUGAGUCACAAGUGCCGGCCCGAGUUCUAGGCCUGGGUGCAAGUCUGAGGACUUCAAGUUAUAUCUACAAGUUAUGCCUCAUAAAUAAUUCAGCCUGGCUUGAAAUCAGUACUCCAAGUUCUCUAAGUUGAAAAGGACCAAGAUUGGAAUCAAUACCUCGUUGCAAAUUUUGAUUACAAAUAUUAUUAUCUGGCAUGAUACGAUGGUGGUCCGGUCUCUAGUCCCUCUACUAUGGGCCAGUAGCGUAGUACCCUUACGCCGCGCGUGGAACUUGAAGUCGCGCCCGGUGACCCGGUCCAACUCGAAUUCAAAAGAAGUUCCUCAAAAGAGUUCUUCAAGUUCAUGAUGCGUGGUUGUGGACAAAGCAAAAUAUUCAUCAUUGAUGCCUGCACUUCUAGCCAGCACUUAUACCGGGGAGCUUCGGCAAAGCUAAUUAUCAUGAUUCAAGUUUGC